AUGGAAGUGAUCAAGAUCGAGACGCCAGGGGCUGAUGCUACUAAGACAAACCCUUUGGCCACCUUCGAAGCUAGCCAGCUGAUCCCAACUGUGAUGCCAGUCGCAGCGCCAUGUUCUACCCCGUCGCCACCAUCGCCGAAGCCUGCACCCGCUGUUUCCGCCGCAUCAAUCCCGUCGUACGAAGCAAAAGGUUUCGAUGUGAAUAUCACGCUCUGGCAAUUUCUCCUCGAGCUUCUCAUGGAUUCAAACUCGAAGCAUCUUAUCUCUUGGACUUCAACGGAUGGAGAGUUCAAACUGCACAGGUCUGAGGAAGUUGCUCGACUCUGGGGAUUGAGGAAAAACAAGACGAAUAUGAACUACGACAAGCUCAGCCGGGCGUUACGCUACUACUACGACAAAAACAUAAUCCAGAAAGUCAACGGCCAAAAAUUUGUCUACCGUUUUGUCCAAUUUCCGGAUAACUUCAAUAUGGCUGACAUUGAGCUAGGCGAUCAUGCGAGUGUGACUCCGAGAAUCAGCCCCAGCAUUUCUCCUCGAACAACUCCGGUUUCGACAACAACUACGACAUCAUCCACGACGAAGCGACCUCGACCAACUUUUUCGCCAAGCUCUGCUUCGUCCGUUAGCCCAACCAGUUCCGGCACUGGUUCAUCGACUAAAGAGCCGAGUUCGCAGAUGGAAGCAAUGGUUAGCCACCAUCAGAGCAUCCUUCGCCAGUACAAUGAGCUUCUGCACAGCUAUCAACUACAGUGUUUGAUUCACCAAGCAUCUGUCGAAUACCUGACCAAACAAAAUCAAGCUACGACUACUCCUCCUGUCUCCUUGCCAGCAUUUCCGAAGUUGCCACUUGAUGGAACACCAUCUCCACUUGAUUGGCUUCCUGCAGUUGACCCAUCGCUUGCCCUCCCUCCACCACCAAGUAUGAUCGAAGCAGUUGUUCCCACAAACACAAGCUCCACUCCUGCAGCAAGCGGCAACAAACGAAAAAGAAGUUCCGACAGCGAUCAACCAUUGGACUUAUCGAAGCCCAAAGUAGCGAAGACAACGUCAUGA